UGCAAAGAUCUGAUCUGUGGCAACCAUACAUAACUUCCUCCACGCUCGAUACUGAAUUCGACGCAGCGACGUCUUCUACGACAACGGCAAUCCGUCUCCCACUUCCCACUGUCGCAACUCGAACGCUCCCACCAGGAAUUUCCCGUUUUUCGUGAGAAGACAUUCGACACGACGUGCAACAACCGACGCACCGCCAUUGCGCGUCCUCUACCCCGCCAUUCUCCAGCAGAAGGGCAAAUCCAAGAAGAAAGUCAGAGCCAGAACUAGAACGAGAGAGAAGCGAGGAAAAGAAACAAGCUAGCACAAAAGCAAAAAGAUGUCUUUCGAGCCGGUAAUGCCCCCUUACAACGCCUCGGACCCAACGGCACGCUUCCUCUCGGCGUCCUGCCUCGACUUCCUGUUCAUCGAGCUCGUGCCGCUGGCAUACCGUGUCACCAACGAGCUGGAGGCUGUGGCGCGCGAGCAGGAGAUGCUUGCGGAUGGGUUUGGGAAUGAGAACGACGGGACAACGUCAGCGGCAAACGCUGAUGGGUCGGGGACUACUGCGCUGGCUGCGACUGCGACCACGGGGGGUUCGUCUUCUGGGGUAUUAGGGGCUGGAGGGAGCAAUAGGGGAGGAGGGGGAGGAGCAGGGGGUCAAGGGUCAACGGCGGCGACGAUGAUGGACGAGGAGGAGGAACGGCAGGCUGUGUUUCGGCGGUUGGAGGGGAUCGGGUACCGGGUUGGGCAAGGGCUAGCGGAGAGAUUCACCCGCGACAGGCCACGCUUCAACGACACGCUCGACGUGAUCAAAUUCCUCUGCAAAGACCUCUGGACGCUGGUCUUCCGCAAGCAGGUGGACAAUCUCAAGACGAACCACAGGGGCGUCUAUGUCCUGACAGACAACGGCUUCCGGCCAUUUGCCCGCAUGAGUGCUCAGUCAAGCAGCCAAGCGGUGCUCCUCGCACAGCCGUUCCUGUGGUUCCCUUGCGGCAUCAUCCGCGGCGCGCUGGCAGCACUGGGCAUAACGGCGACGGUACAUGCCGAGACAACCGAGCUGCCAAGCGCAGUCUUCCAGAUCAAGACCGUCCCAGCCAAGACAUAGCAUCGCCGGGACAGCACUGGCCAUAUUGAAGGAUCGAGUGUCAGCGAACAAGAGCCUCGUCCAUUCUCGGGACAUGUUCCCCGCGCGACCGCGUUUAUUUCUCGUGUAUAGAGGCUUGCGCAGCUACAGUGUCUGCAUUGGAUGUUUCCGGAACUACCACA